AUGACCUCUUCUCCCACAGCCCACAACAAAACCACCACCGCCACUCCAUUCCCAACCCUCCUCCACCACCACCACCACCACCACCGCCAUGGUGAGCAUCAGGCAUCAAACCUCCCCCUCCUCCCUCCGUCGACCCCACCGCCAAAGUCCCCGACCCGGGCCGGGGACUCCCCGGACAAGAACAACAACAUCCUCCUCCACGCGGUGGAGAUCGAGGCGGCGGCGGCGGAAUUCUCGCCGGGGAUCAACGUGCCGCCGUUCUCGUGGAAGAAGCUGUGGAAAUUCACGGGGCCGGGGUUCCUGAUGAGCGUGGCGUUCCUGGAUCCGGGAAACCUGGAGGGGGAUCUCCAGGCGGGGGCGAUCGCCGGGUACUCGCUGCUGUGGCUUCUGCUGUGGGCCACGCUGAUGGGGCUCCUGAUCCAGCUUCUGUCGCUCCGGCUCGGCGUCGCCACGGGGCGCCACCUGGCGGAGAUAUGCAGGGAGGAGUACCCUUACUGGGCCGGGCUGAUGCUCUGGUUCAUGGCGGAGCUGGCUUUGAUCGCCGCCGAUAUUCAGGAGGUGAUCGGCAGCGCCAUCGCUAUCAAUAUUCUCAGCAAUGGCUUCUUGCCCCUCUGGGCUGGCGUCAUCAUCACUGCUCUUGAUUGUUUCAUCUUCUUAUUCCUCGAGAAUUACGGAAUCAGAAAACUCGAAGCCUUCUUCGCAGUUCUAAUCACGAGCAUGGCGAUCUCCUUCGCAUGGAUGUUCGUCGACACAAAACCUAGCGGAAGAGAACUCAUCGAAGGUAUGAUAAUACCUCGUCUCAGCUCGGAAACAAUCCCGAAAGCGGUUGGAGUAGUCGGGUGUGUAAUAACACCGUACAACGUGUUCCUUUACUCCGCCUUAGUCCAAUCAAGAAAAAUCGACCUAAAAAAGAAAGGAAGGGUACAAGAGGCGCUAAAUUACUACACGAUCGAAUCGUUAAUCGCCGUUUUCGUCUCGCUUAUAAUAAAUCUAUUCGUCACGACCGUAUUCGCAAAGGGAUUUUUCGGUACCCCGCAGGCGAACACUAUAGGGUUAGUGAAUGCGGGCGAAUAUCUACAGAAGAGAUACGGUGGAGGGGUGCUUCCGAUCCUCUACAUAUGGGGUGUAGGGUUGCUUGCCGCGGGGCAGAGUAGCACCAUAACAGGUACCUACGCGGGUCAGUUUAUCAUGGAGGGUUUUCUUAACCUCCAGAUCAAGAAAUGGAUGCGAUCGUUGAUUACGAGGAGUUGCGCUAUUUUGCCUACUAUGAUUGUUGCUAUUGUUUUUAAUCGGUCCGAAGAAUUGCUCGAUGUACUUAACGAAUGGCUCAAUGUGCUUCAAGCCAUGCAAAUACCCUUUGCCGUUGUUCCUCUUCUGCACUUGGUUUCGAACGAGCAUAUUAUGGGGGGGUUUGUUAUUGGAACUACUAUUGAGAGAAUAGCGUGGGGUGUGGCUGCAGUGGUGAUAAUGAUAAACGGAUACGUGUUGGUGGAUUUCUUCAUGUCGGAAGUUCGUGGAUUUGUUUUCGGAGGUGUUGUGUGUGUGGGAGCAUCGUCGUACAUAGCGUUUCUAUUUUACCUUAUUUUUCGGGGCAAAAGUUUUAUGUCGUGUUUCGGGAGAUCGAGGGCAGAUGGAUUUGCUUAUCUUAGAACUUAAAAGAAAAAAAAAUAGUUUGUGUGUGAGGAAGUUACAAAAGUUGUUCUUGAUUGUAAGAAAAUUGUGUAAUUUUCUUUUUUCUUUUUUUUUUUGGUGCUUUGUAUCAUGUAAUUUAUAUGUGUAAGUUUGUAUGAGGUUAAUGCUUAGUGCUUACUUGUUAGACAUAUAUGAUACUAAGUGAUGUAGUUACAUCCUUCAAUUUUGUUUAUUCUUUGUGUGAGAUGGUGGAAGAUAAUGUAAAAAGAGAAGAUUGAAUAGUUCUUUUAUUUUAUUUUAUUUUAUUUUUCAUCACAAAAUUAUGUGCAAUUUACGGUUAAAGAUGUAUACUGAAUAAAUUUCGCUCUCGUAAAUUGUAAGUCUUGAUAUUUAAAUUGCAACUGUCAUGCUAUAUAGAUAUAUGACAACCUUAACCUAACAAUGUUGGCAGGAAGAAACGAACUCGGUUAUUAGAUGUUACACGAUCAAUAGGAUUUUGAUGAUAGUGAACCGGAGGAAUAGAAAUGGGAGCAAAAAUAAUAACUAAAAACAAAAAAAAAAUAGUGAUAUUUUGUGUUUUAAGAAGAAAAAAAAUAUGUGUGUAUAACAUAGUAAUUUGUAGUUCUAAGGG